AUGUCAGCCACCGGACAAGCCUCAGCCUCCCGGGCAAGAACUCAAGCUCGAAAGAAAGUCAACGAUGACGCGUCAUAUUUUGGACCAUCGACUUCAACUGGUGGAGCGGGCGCAAAGAGGCAGGCGGUUGACAAAUUGGACGGUGAGCCCAGGACAAAACGAAAACGAGCAGAACCUGCAGCGCAGCUUGCUGCGAAGAAAGAUGCUGUCGUGGAGGUGGAACCAAAAUUGUCGCUGGUCGAGUUCAACAAAAUGUCGACACAAGUUCUCUACCGCUAUAUGACACAGUUCGAUAUCAUACCGCCUGUUAGCCCGUCACCGCUCUCUGCAGAAGACCCACCAUAUCCAGGGGCACUGGCCGAUCCCCAACGACAAAUGUCGAGACCGCCCAGUCCACCACCUUCCCAGACACCCGCGAACCGACCGCGACGCGAAUCAAGGGAGCAGAGCCAACGUCGCCGGAGUUCUCGGUUGUUGGACGAAGACCUACCGUAUCGAACACCUGUCCUCGCAGAAAUCGGAGACCUCCACAACGUGCUUGCCAGUAUUGUCGAGAAGCAUUUCCGGGAAGUCAUGUCGAUAAAUGGCCGCGAAGAAGUUGACACAUUGGCUUCCUUCAUGUGCGCUGUGGAGAAGGCGAAGGGCAACCGCAACAAAUAUUGA